ACUGAAUAAGAUAACAAAUUGUUUCAAGUUAAAUAUAUUUUAUUAUCAGUACUCAGUGAUCCGCCGUGUUAAAUAUGUAGCUAUAACCCGACAUUCAAUCUCACUGCUGAUUAUUCUGAAGAAAAAACAAACAAACAAAAAAACACCAAAACAAGGGACGUAGACAACAAACCACAGCAUCAUCCGGAACCUAGAUCCGCAACAGUUCCUACCCGGACCUUUAACUCUACACUUUAAAAAUGGCAGCCAACAUAGAGCAAAUUUUCCAGGAUUUUAUUUUGAAUAAAAUCAGAGAAAUUGAAGACCAGAAUGUCAUCAAAACUGCUACUCAGGGUGUGUCUGCAUGCAGUGAAAUGAUUUCAGAGGAUAAUAAAGACAAAAAGAAUGAUGACAGGAGCUCACAGAAGAAACAUAAAAAACACAAAAAACAUAAAAGUAAGAAGAAGAAGAAGCGGAACCGAGAGAAGGAGGGAAAAGAAAGCUGUUCCGAAUGCGGGGAAGAAUUGGAUGCUCCCUCCAGAAAAGGAGCCUCAACAGAGAAUGAAGAGCAGUAUGAUCAUGCGUGCAGCUCCAGAAGUCACAAGCACAAAACAGGAAAGAGGAAGCGUAAGAAGAGGCACAAAGACGAGAGACGAGGAAACUCAUCUGAUUCUGACUCAAAGCAAAGGAAGAGUAAAUGUGCUCAAAGCUUGUUGCCAAGGCAAUGUGAGGAGUUACCUGAUAUCAUCCCAAAGCAGGACAGCUCCAGUGGCGCAAAAGCAGAUGAGGGAAGAACAGGGCACUUCCGUUCACAUUCCAACUGUUCACAUUCCAGCUCGGAGAGGUGGAGUUCUCGACCCGGCAAGCGGAAAUCCAGAUCUCGCUCACCGUCCAGUUCACAGGAUCACUGCAACUCAUCCAGGUCUUUAGAUGACAGGGAUGUUUUGGACCCACCCACAGUCCCCAAACAAGAUGUUGUGAAAUGCAUCCAACUGCUGUCUCCAAGUCCUAAAAGAAGAGAGAGAACAGAUCUGGAUCACAAUCACAAGCCAGCAGAGGCCACAACGGAAACCACCAGAGACGAUUCAGAUGCAGAUUGUGUUGGAUCUUCAUCAGUGCCAAAUCAAUCUAGUCAGUCUCAUCAGACUAGUGAGCCCGUUGUCCCACAGCUGAAGGCAUCAGAACACACCUCGGCCAGUGUGACGAAAUCGCCUGCAAAAAAGAGGCAUAAGCCCCCACCAAGGAGCAAAGAAGAGAAAACAGCAAAGAGGCAGAAGAGAUCCCGGUCACCUUGUAGGACCCACAGAACAAGGUCCAGAUCGCGUAGCUCUUCAAGGAGGAAACAAUCCCGAUCGAGGUCCAGGAGCCGGAAGUCACGAAGGUCACGCUCUGUGUCGCGGGAUAGGGGGCGGCGAACAACUUACAGCCAGAGGGAUCGUUGGAAACGAGAGCCAAGCCGCUCGCCUGUGCUCGUACUGCGCAAAAAACGAUCCCCUACAUGGAAACAUGGCAAUCACCCUGACAGUCCUCACCGAAUCAGUGAAUUAGGCAAGGAGCAGCUGUUGGAAAUUGCCAAGGCCAAUGCAGCUGCUAUGUGUGCCAAAGUGGGUAUGACUAUCCCCGCAAGCCUGAGAAGCUCAAUGCUGCCGUUGACGUUGCCAGGCAUGGCCAUAAAUGCUGCUAUGACGGCAGCCACCAUGACCGCUGCUUUGUCCAACAUCAGCACCUUGUCUUCGCUGCUACCGCUGCCCACCAUAACGAACAAACCUCCUGGUGCAAACCUCACCCACCCCAUAAAUGCUGCACUGGAGGAAGUGAAAAAGAAAGUAGCAAAGCAGGCUAACAGCAUCAGUAUUAAGGAGUUCACAGAUAAGUGCAAGAUGAUUGUGGAAAGCAAAGGUGAGCUGCCGGUGGCGGUGCCUCAUGUGUCGGUCGAAGAGGACGAUGGGAAACCGUUUGGGGCAUUGAUUCUGCGUGAACACAAGGCCAUCAGCUUUAACAUCAGUAACACUAUUGUGCGACCAACAGCCCGAAGUGAUGCAGGCAUGGCAAAAGAGUUCCCAGUGUCUUCAGGAUCUCAACACCGUAAAAAGGAGAGUAAGAUAUUGGACGCCUAUGGAGAUUGGGUUCCAGUGGACAAAACGCCAGAGGAGCCAAAGACCACCAUUUCCACGGCAGCAGCCAGCUCAUCUUCAGGUAUCAGUGAGACUUCCAAAGCAGAGUUGCCGGCGACGGCUGAGGAAUCAGUGGCAGAUGACGACAGCGUGUUUCCUGGUCCGCCGCCACAGCCUGUUGACAUCUCUCAGGCUGUGAGCGAGAGGAUCAAAGCUCAGAAGCGAUUGGCCGAGAACCCCUAUGACGUCAGCGCCAUUUGCAUGCUUAGCCGGGCCCAAGAGCAGGUGGAUGCGUGGGCCCAGUCCAAUACUGUUCCUGGUCUAUUCACGGGCUCCACAGGAGCCCAAGUUCUCUCUUCAGAGGAGCUGUCCAACAGCGGCCCUCAAGCUUGGCUGAAGAAGGACCAGUUCCUCAGGGCAGCGCCAGUAUCGGGCGGUGUUGGAGAAUUUUUGAUGAGAAAGAUGGGCUGGAGGACAGGAGAGGGCCUCGGGAGGAACCGUGAAGGCACUGUGGAGCCGAUCAUCAUUGACUUCAAAGUGGACCGCAAAGGACUUGUUGCUGAAGGGGAAAAGCCACAGAAACCAACUGGAGGACUAGUGGUAACCAAGGACCUCAUGGGUAAGCACCCGGUAUCAGCUCUUAUCGAAUUGUGCACGAAGAAACGGAUGACGCAGCCUGACUUCAUCAUGGUUCACCACAGCGGCCCAGACCACCGCAAGAAUUUCCUUUUCAAGGUCAUAGUGAAUGGUGCGGACUAUCAGCCCCAAACAGCCAGUCCGAACAAGAAACAUGCCAAGGCCAUGGCGGCAACAGUGGCACUGCAGGCUCUUGGAGAGGUAAUAGUUCCCGUUGACGGACCGGGACUCUAUACUGGUCCUGUCUUCACAGCCGCUUCCACCGGCCCUCUGUUCUCCACCUAGACGUCCAACCGUCGACUGGUUAUGUGACCAUUGUUCACGUCUCCUCAUUUUCAGUCUGUUUCUAUAGUCAAGGGUGCAUAUAAGUGGUGCGCAGGUGCCCAUAAGCACUGAAAAUAUUAAAAGCGCACCCGAUUGAAGUGUAUCAGUGCGCUUUUGCCCACCAAGCAUUUUAGUCUUUUUUUUUUUUUUUUUUUUUUUUCUCAGCACAGCGGUAGGCUCCGGUAGUGUUGUUCAAAUGAACAAACACAUCUUUUGAGUGAACAGACUGAAUGGAACUGAUUUGAUCCUUUCUCACUUUAUUUGAGCAAAGUUUCCAGCAAACGUCGCCACUUGCGGGGUGUGGAUGGCGGCUGAAUGCGCGCAGGGGCCGACGACGAGGCGGUGGACUUUAUUGUCGUCUUGGGCUUGCUGCACAGCAGCUAUGAUGCUCCGUCAAAAUAUGUCUUUAUGUGAAACCGGACUGUGGUGGUGCAAACAAGAUAGUGGACUGUUGCCCAAGAAAACUGCGCCAAAUCAGCUGAUUCUGAAACUGUGUACUGUACUGUCCUCUGCUGGCUGGCUGUUGGCCAUUGCCGGUAAAUAUAUAGUAUCUAUCUAGAAGUACAGGUGCAGGUAUACAGUACAGUAUACAGAAUGCAAGGUAUGAAAUAAUAUGCAAUGUGUCUAAGUUAAUGUCUAUUGGUACAGGUAUGAACUGGCUCAGACUAAGACUAAUAAAACGUAAAGCACAUGCAGUAAGGCCUACAAGUAAAAAAAUUGUUAUAAGGUCAAUAAUCAUAUGGAAAACAACAACUUUUAUUCCUUUAUUUGUACAGAAAAUAAGUAAUGAAUAGGAUGUGCCAACAAAUGGAUAUACUGUAAGCUCAGCAAGUGAGGUUGGUGGGUCAUGAAAAAAAAUGAGCACCAAGCAACAACCAAAAUUUUUAUGUGCAUCCCUGUCAACAGUUCUACAGUACUGUAUAAGGCCACCAUUAGAUUUGUUGUUUUAGCAAUGCUGCAAUGACCAUAUACAGUUGAACAACAAUGUCUCUACUUCCUAGUUUGUGGAGGUUGAUGAAUUGACUAGAGGGGCUUAUCCAUAUUCUCGGCAAAAUGUUAUUGGUUUUUACCUUUUCCAAGGCUACAAUUAAAUUAUUUGGAAUAAAAAAAAUAAAUAAAAAAAAGAAUCCUGUUGACUAUUUGUCUCCAAGUUUAAUGUUUAAAGGUCAGGGUGCAAAGAUUAUAUGGGGUCGGUUAAAAUUUAUAUUUGCAUUGUUAAUAUGUUUUGUAAUACAUACACAUAAUUUGCAGCAAGUUGUUAACCAUAAAUUGGAUUAAAAAUUAGGAUUUAUUGAACGCUCCCAAAACAUUAAGAUUUUGAGACAUCCUGGCCGUAGUUACUCUUCACCGUAAGGGCUACCGGAAGUGAUGUCAUGCUGGUCAUUCAAUAGCACGGUACGCUUGCAUUGAAUGGGUGAGAAUGUUUUGUAAUUCAAGCAGGAGGAUGAUUUUGACACACAGGAGCCGACUGCAAGUUGACUUGUUAUCAAACCCUACAUUUGAACAGAUUGGGAGGUCGUAGCAUGACUUUGACGAUCGCAAGCGUCUACUUAACAGCUGCACUAGUCUGACAUUGAAAGUGGUCACUACUGCAUCGAUGGGACACAAUUUCGUAUGUGUAUGUACUGUAUAUAUACAUAUACAGUGGAUAGGGAACGAUUGGACCAAAAAAACAAAAUAAAAUAAAAAUUGCAAACCCAAAAAUUCUUGAAUAAGUAGUGAUAAAUUGCCAGUAAGCGUUUUCGGGGUUGGUUCCACCCGACAGAGAAAAAAACAAAAAUAUGUUUUUUUCCUGAAAACAAAAAUUUAAGGAAAAAAAUCCACCCCGACAGAGAAAAAAACAAAAAUAUGUUUUUUUCCUGAAAACAAAAAUUUAAGGAAAAAAAUCACAGUUAGGUGAAUCCACGGAUGCAGAACAGCGAGUUUGCGGGGGUCCACUGCGUGUGUGUGUGUUUGUGUGUGUGUGUGUGUGUAAAAAGGAGAAAACCCAUGGAGUGACAGUCAGCUAUACAUGAAAUGUAAACAACGCGCUGCUUUGAUUUAAACUUUUGCUGGAAAUGGUUUCAAUAAAUUUCUACUGCUCAGUUCACAAUCACCACCAGUAUUAUAGUCGUAGUAAAUGCAAACAACUCUCUUUACCUUCGUCCUGCGCUGCAGGUGUGCACCAUAGCGGGCGGUGUCCAGGUUGAAGAUGCGACUGUCGAAGGGAAAAUAGUUGGCACCGCAGCUGAUUUCAGCCCGAGUCGAACUAUGCCUGUGUAUUCAAAACUUUCUUUUAAAUGUUUCCAAAAACAAGGCCGGUUCGAAAGUUACGUGUAUUUGCAUGGCAGUUAUGGUUUGUAAAGGGGUUAUAGAGCUAUUGAGGAAUUUUUUCCUGGUCAACUGACUGCCGUGGAAAAAAAAAAGGGUGAUUAUAAAGACAAAGCUAGUGGUGGCCUUUUGCACAGUGCCGUAUAUUCUCAACAUGCAUUUGAACUCACGCACGGAGGUGCAACUUGGGAAAUAUUUUUAAAUUAAACACCAAUGAGGAUUGUAAAAAUAGUCGAUCAUAACUAUGUGUAGAAUAGCUGUAGUACAGACAACAGAUUCUUACACAUAUACAGAUGUUUCAUGCACUGUGUAUUAAGAAAUAAAGCUAUUUAUGUCACAGAGUGGAGAAAUUAAGUGUUUGGGGCUCAGAGUGGCUAGGGAGGUGAGACAGUUGGAGAGAGCCACACCAAAUGCAGGCAAAGCAGGUAGGAAACCAGAAUUUUCUAAUGUGUGUUUUAGGGUGGUUUGUUAACUGCAACAGGUUCCAAUUUCGAUGGAGAAGCAGAUCAGGAUAAGGCAGCACUUAAUUACCUUGUAAUUUUAGAAAUCACUCCAAAUAACACUCAAGCACAAGCAUGUGCACACGCGCGCAACACGCACACGUGUGCACACACACACAGGAACUCUUCUAGUGGGUUGUGUAAGAAGAUAAUGGCUUGAGCCAAAAUCAGCCCACUUCAAAUGCUUGACACAUGGUGUGUGUGUGUUGUGUGCAAGUCAAGUGAAAAUAGUACCUAAGUUUUUUUCUCCUCCCAAAUUCCCAUUUUGGAAGCACAUCAUGCACUCCACUCAUGAUUCAAGUUGUUUUGUAGUUAUACGUUAACACUGUUAUUUGUUUUUUUUUACCUUCUUUCAAGACACUUUUCAGUGUGUUACACAAGCACAUUUUUUUAAAGUCACUGCACUGAAUCUCAACCACUGUGUUGCGAGAGCUCAUCAGAUGUAUCGCAGGAAAUUAUGCAAUUUUGCUUAAUUGGCCUGAAUAGUAUUUCUACCAUUAAUGUAUCUAUCUAUGCCAGCGACGUAUAGUGAGAGGCAGAACAAUUAAAUGUGCUUCCACUAGAUGGCAGAAGGUACACUUAGCCUGUAUACAGUGAUACCUUAUGAGUUUAAUUUCUUAAAUGACCCUUGACAAAGCUCUAACUCAAUUAACUCAUAUAUCAAAAAACAUUUUUAAAUGCCAUUAAUCUGUUCCUGCCCCCAAAAUACAAAUUUUUUUUUGGUACAUGUUUUUAAUAAAGAAAAAUCACGUCUAUCUAUACCAGUGACAUAAUGAUAGGCAGAACAAUUAAAUUGUCUUCUACUAGAUGGCAAAAGGUACAAUUUAGUCGCGGUACAUGCAACGAUUUUUAAAAUCUUUUCCUUAAGAUUUUUUUUUUUUUUUUUUUUUUUUUAAUCUGUGACAGAAAAAGAUAAAGAUCUAAUAUCAGGCAUUUAACAGUUUUGGUCAUAUUGUGUGUGGUGUGCUCAGAUAAUUUCAACACUGAACACCACACACAUAAAGAUUCUGUUCCAGCACAAAGGCAGAAAUCUUGCGUGAUCACACGUGAUCCCACAAAAAUGAAGCGGAGCAGACACUUCCCAGUAUGCGCCGAUGUUGUUUAAAGUCUGAAUGUUUUUGUAGACAAUAACGAGUGAAAAUUGUGAUAGUGAAACUUAUUAAUAGGCUUGUUUUUUUUUUUUUUUUUUAUUCGAUGGUUUAAUUGCUUCCUUGAGGAGAGAAGACCCCCACGUCAUCCCAAAAGGUAAUUCUUGCAGAUUAAUUUUCGCAUAUUUAAACAGGUUUCAUGAAUAAAACAUUUUAUUGAUUGUA